CCCCCGCUUCGCAUUUCAAUUUUUGAACUCCCGAUCCGGCAAUUCCCCAUCCGGCCAAUCCCUCCCCAACCACAUUCCAGUCUGAGACGGGCAUCUCGGCUCGCCUCCGGCGUUGCCUCGAAUCCCCAGGCGGCGGCGGGGCCGCCUGGGCGACGCGCCGUAUGGACGCCGCCGACCCCCUCUGCGCCAUCUCCUCUCCGUCGCGACUCCUUCCCCGGACUCUCGGCCCCGCCGGCCCAGGGGCGUCCCCCUCGAAGGCCCGCGAGGUGCUCCUCGAGGCCAUCUCCCGCGCCCGAUCGUUGAAAGGAUCCAAGGAGCUGGUUGAGCAGGCCAGAGUGGUGUUGAAAGGACACGGGGAUAUCCAGAUGCUCUACCAUGAUGAUGGAGCGAAAGCCUGGGGCCCUGCAAAUGGCAAGAAAGAUCAGCAGGGAAGAAGGCCAGGACUGGACCGCAAACGGGGUCGGUUCACUCACAAGGCCCCGGAAAGCAAGGGGGUACCUGCUGUUGAUCGCUCUAACAUAUUGAAGAUUAAGGAUCCAAACGAAUACUACAAGAAAUUGGAUGAUCUUGAAGAGGCUGAGAAGGAGAUAAGACGGCUAAAUGGUGAGGUUGUUGAUGACAUAGCAAUGAAUUUUGAUCCUGUAGUAGAACCCAAGAGACGAUCUACUGUGCUGGGGAGAAAAUCAGUCCGUACUUUCAAGUUGAUUGACGAUGCUGAUACUCAAGAUCCAAUUGAGAUAUCAGAUUCCCAAACAGGAACUGUGACUGGAUCUCAGCUCUCGCAAGAUGAUGCACAUGCCUCUGCUGCGGAAAAAAAUGAACAGUUUGCUCCUUCAAGACCUGGUCAAUGUUCUAUCUCAGAUGUUUCAGAGAAAGAAGAUUCAUUAGCUGAGAAGGAUAGAGACGAUUUGUCUUAUUUACUGACCUCGCUCCAAAAUUUGGAUGAACCUGAUGAGGAAGAAUUUUUCCGAAAGACCUUAGGGAUUGGCAAAAUAAGGAAAGAAAAAGUUUGUCUUCGUAAUUCAAUUCCUGGAGAUAGAUCCCAAAGAAGCAAUACUGUAUGGAACAAUUCAAUGAGGGUUCCUCCUCCAGAAAGUUCUUUGCCACAGAGUUGCCAGAGUCGAGUUUCGGAGUUAGAGAAACAUUUAUUUCCCAGUGAUGCAGCAAACGAUAAAUGUGCAGAUCUACAGGAAGAUGAUGAAUCUGAAGGUUCACCAGAUAUUGAGAUGGGUGAACAACCAUUGGUGCAUGAUUCCUCUGAUGUUUUGAUGACUGAUGAGACCUUUACUGCAGAUGAAAUUGAUAAGGUAAACCCAAAUCUGAGCGUCAAAGCUGCAGAACAUGUUAUUUAUCCAGAACCCAACAUGGCAGACUGUGCAGAAGAAAGGCAAACAGGAGGUUCCCCACUUGGUUUGUGUACUGCAAGUGAAUAUGAUAGGGAGACCCCAAAUUUGGGUGUCAAAGCUACAGAACAUGUUCUUGAUCCAGAACCAAGCAUGCCUGAUCAUGCAGAUGAAAGGCAAGCGGGAGUUUCCCCACUUGGUUUGUACAGCGAUACAGAAGUUGCCAAAGAAAAGGCUGCAUGCAGCAGGAGCAAUAUUUCUAUGGAGGAAGACAAUGUGCCAAUAGACCAUCCUAUUGAUAUGUCUAAUAAUGAAGUGGAAGUUUCUUCUUCUCAUCAUUUGGAAGGCAGCUUGGCAGAAGCGUUGGUCAGGACAUCAGUUAGAAAUGUGGCUUCAGAUGGUAUUGAUCGGACGUCACAUGCAGCUGAGGACAGCAUUCAACAUCUGGAAGUGGUCGAAGAGGAUGGUGUUGUACAAGAUAUGUCAAGUCAUCCAUCAGAAAUACCUCUAGAAGAUAUUGAUCGAGCGAAUCAAUCUCAGAUGCAUGGUGGAAACAAUAAGAAAUCAGCAGCUGAUCUGAGAAAUGCGCAGGCUCCGAUCAAAGAGAAGAAGCGACAAGCAGCUGCAAAAGGGAAAAAGAAGCAACAAUCAAAGAGGAGCCAAAAAGUGGCAGCUGAAUCGAAUCACUCACUGGAAAUAUCCCAAGAAAAUUUUGAUUCAGAGAAUCAACCUCAUAUGGAUGAGAAUAUCGAGCCACAGACAGUUGCUACGAGUAGUGCUCUGUCGCCAAACAAAGCUAAGGAGCAAAAGGGAGCUCAAAGGAGAAACAGGACCAAGCAAUCAAAUCAAAGAAAAAGCCUGGGAGAUGCUGGCCUUGCAUGGCAGUCUGGAGUGAGGAGAAGCACAAGAAUACGCUCAAGGCCUUUGGAGCAUUGGCUUGGUGAAAGAUUUGUAUAUGGGCGCAUACAUGACACUAUGGUCACAGUUAUUGGCAUCAAAGCAUACUCUCCUGAUCAAGAUGGCAAGAAAACUUUGAAAGUGAAAUCUUUUGUGCCUGAGCAUUCCGAUCUUGUUACUGAAUGGGCGAAGUACUGACAUGUUUUUCCUUGACAAGUCAUGGUCAGAUCGCCAUUUUCCUAAGAGGAUCCCGCAACUCGCGACCUGUGUGACCUGUUGCUUUGUCACCUGACUUCCUGUGAUUGUGGUAAUGGUGGAGCUGCACGGAAAUGCAGAGAUGAUGUGAAUUUGUAAAGUUAAAGACAUAAGUCUUAUUGGAUGAUGGUAUCUGUCUAAAGUUCGGAUGCGCUCGACUAUUUGUGGCAGAACCGCCAGAAUUAAUCCGACUCAAGUGUGCUAACCAUUAUCAUUAAAGAUGAAA